UGGCCUACAGAGUGACGUCGCAGAGCGGAUGACCGUUUAAGGAUGACGGCCCCACGGCUCGUCCGUGUCAGACAGUAGUAGCGGUCGAUAGGGCGUUUAUCUGAUGUCUAUGAUUCUAUCUCAUAUAUUUUACCUAGAUUCUACAUCAUAUAUAUAGGCUAUUUUUUUUCUACACUGUCGAUUGCAUAGUGCGCGUGCAAUUUAAUGUUCUCAGCCGCAUUAUUUAGAUGGACCGUUAGAGUAGUAUUUCUUAGAAGACAACGGACACUUGGAUUAAACACAACUCGACACCGAGAGCUCGCGACUGCCUCAGACUGCUUUAAAGAAACUCACACGAACGUCUGCAGCCACUUCACUACAGAAGUCAGCAUGAAGAAAUUGCUUGUGGAUGUGGACUGUGGUGUGGAUGAUGCUCAGGCUAUCAUGAUGGCUUUGGCAGAUCCGGAUGUACAGAUCCUGGGCAUCACCUGCGUUCAGGGCAACACUUCAAUAGAAAAUGUCUGCAAGAAUGUCUUGCGUGUCCUGAAAGUUUGCAAUCAUUUGAAGACUCCUGUAUUUCGUGGAGCGACUAAAGCGCUCUUGGGGCAAAACAUCAGUGCUGGAGAUUUUCAUGGCAAAGAUGGACUCGGGGACGCCCCAGACCCCCAAGCUCCUGGGCUGGAACUGGUCCAGAAAGAAGGCGCUGUGUCAGCCAUGAUCCGAAUAGUCGAUGAGAAUCCUGGAGAGGUGUCUUUAGUGGCCACGGCUCCGCUGACGAACGUGGCUUUGGCGGUGAAACUGGACCCCUCCUUUCCCAAGAAACUCAAAGGCCUUUACAUUAUGGGUGGCAAUACAGACUCUCGCGGGAACACCACUAUGUGUGCAGAGUUCAACUUUGCAGCUGAUCCUGAAGCAGCUUAUAUUGUCCUGAAUGAAUUCAUUUGCCCAAUUUACAUUGCAACCUGGGAGUUCACCUGUAACAGUAAAUUACCAUGGGAUUUCUGUGACGGUUGGCUGGCCCAGGACACGGAUAAGGCUCGCUUUAUGAAGCAGAUCUUUAAGCACAGCAUGGAGUCCAGCCACAGCGAGAGGAUUGAGAAGGAGCUGGUGGCGGGGCAGGGAUUCAUCUCCUGUGAUUCUUAUGCUAUGGCAGCAGCCAUAGACCACACAUAUAUUGUUGAAACCGACACCAAAGCGGUCACUGUGGAGCUGGCGGGGAACUACUGCCGGGGGAUGAUGAUUGUAGAUCACCUCGACCUUCUGAAGACGACUCACAAAGUCGAGAUCUUGAAGAAGGUGGAUUUGGAGAAGUUUAAAGUGCUCAUGAUGAAUGCUUUGAAAUGAAUGUUCGUUAACAGCCAUGAUGUUAUUACGGUACUAGAUUAUACUUUAUUAACAUUUGUUGUCAAUUUUUACCCUCAUCAGUGUCACUACACUACAUUUAAUUAAAUCCUUUUUCUUUUGUCAAUCGGUUUGAAUGACAUACAAACGUUUAAUAAAAUAUACAUUUUGAUAAGUACUCUA